GUUGUAAAACAAAAUAAAAUAAGAUACUAGCAUAUGGUUUAGGAAUAGAAGUAUUAAUUUAUCUGCCAGUCAAAACCGCCAGUCUGAUAGACUCUUUUAUGCAGUAAGCCAGCUACUUACUGUGUAUCUGCAAGUGCUACAAAUCUAGAAGUAAGGUAACUAACAAUAAAGAUUAAGAGUGGAACACAUAAUUAACUGAAGUAGCAGAAUUGAAAAUGGUUUGAUUUAGAUUUAGUGAGGCAAUGGUGGAAGUGAUGGUGUUUUAUUGGUACAGUAUAGUUUCAGUGGGGAUAGUAGUAGCAGCAGUAGUUGGAUCAGUUUACGUGGUGUGGAACAAGGAAAGACAAAGCAAAGUAGUGAAGCAGAGGUUGAAUGUGAAUGAGAGUCUUCUGUUAUAUAAUCCAGAAGAUGAUGAAGCCAUUAAUAGUGUUUCCUGGUCACAGGAGCAGCUCUGGACCAGCUGCUGGCGCGGCUUACACCCAGCUUACCUGCUUGCCCUUCGCCUGCUUUCGUUUUUCGUCCUCGCUUUCUUCUUAUCCUGGGAUCUCCAUCAUUGGGGUGCUUCCAUAUUUAUCUAUUACACCGAGUGGACUUACUCAUUAGUUAUGAUGUAUUUUGCUAUAGGCAGUGUUGUAUCUGCUCAUGGUUGCUGGUUAUGUUAUACACAUAAGAAUAGGAAUGAAAAUGUGGAGGAUUUCCAAGCAAGAGGUGAUGUGGAAUCAGAAAACAUUACACCAAAAAAGGGAACAAUUAAGUUGCAAAGACAGUAUUACCCAGCUGAACAGGAGUCUGAAAGCCCUGGAUUUUGGGGAUAUCUCAUGCAAACUGCAUACCAGAUUACUGCUGGUGCAGUAGUUUUGACAGAUAUUAUAUUUUGGUGCAUUAUUGUACCCUUCGUUUCAAAUUCGCGCCUUGGCUUGAACCUGUUGAUGGGAUGCAUACAUACUGUGAAUAUCGCCUUUCUGCUUCUCGACACUUCCAUUAAUCGACUUACAUUUCCUUGGUUCCGACUUUCAUAUUUUGUGCUGUGGAGUUCAGUAUAUGUGAUCUUUCAAUGGCUCAUCCACCUCUGUGGUUUCACUUGGUGGCCAUAUCCUUUUCUGAAGCUGUCAACACCAUUGUCUCCACUUUGGUAUUUGGUCCUUGCUGUCUUUCACAUCGCUUGUUAUGGAAUGUACGCGCUAAUUGUGCAAGCCAAGAACUCUCUCUUUUCCAAAUUGUUUCCCCAUUCAUACAUUAUCUAAGCUUACGGUUGUACUACAUGUAUUAAACUUGUUGUGUACCUUGAUUUUCAAGAUUCAGGAGUUAAAUCUUUUGAGAAAUUUGUACUUGAAACUCAAACAUGUAUCACUAAUUCAUUAUUAAUAUUUGUAGGAUACAACAUUUGCCAUUCUGAAUCA